GCCUUAGCGGCCGCAGAGCACCGGGAACGGCAUAUAAAGAGACCAUCACCCAACAUCAGUUCAUCACCCACCACCACCGCCGAGACAGCGCGCAGUGCCGGUGAAUCGACGACAGAGCUAGCAGCAGCUGUCUAUAUAUAGGCGAUGAGGACAGCCGGCCGGACGCCGGCGACGAGGGCGAUCUCCUGCGUCCUUCUCCUCCUACUCGCCGUCGCGUCUCAAGGGGCCGCCGCCGCGGCCAUCACCAAAGGCGACUUCCCCCAAGGGUUCGUCUUCGGCACCGGCUCCUCCGCUUACCAGAUUGAAGGUGCGGUUGCAGAGGACGGAAGAAAACCCAGCAUCUGGGACACAUUCACACACUCAGGCUACUCUGCUGAUGGAGCCACUGCUGAUGUGACUGCAGAUCAGUAUCAUAAGUACAAGAUAAACAACCAGGAAGAUGUAAAGCUUUUGAGCCAGAUGGGCGUGGACGCGUAUAGAUUUUCCAUUGCCUGGCCUCGGCUUAUUCCUGAUGGCCGAGGAGCUGUCAAUCCAAAGGGACUGGAGUACUACAACAACCUUAUCAAUGAACUCCUGAGUCAUGGAAUUCAGCCUCACGUGACGAUAUAUCAUUUCGACUUCCCUCAGGCUCUUCAAGAUGAAUACCAUGGGAUGCUUAGUCGUAAAUUCAUAGAUGACUACACGGCGUAUGCAGAUGUGUGCUUCAAGAACUUUGGUGACAGGGUGAAAUACUGGAGCACCGUGAAUGAGCCAAACAUUGAGCCCAUUGGCGGAUACGAUAUAGGAUUCUUUCCACCACAGCGAUGCUCCUCCCCCUUCGGCAUCAAUUGCAACAAUGGCAACUCUACCACUGAGCCCUACAUAGUAGCUCACCAUCUUCUGCUUGCACAUGCCUCAGCAGCGUCCCUGUAUAAAGAGAAGUACCAGGCCAAGCAAGGAGGAAAAAUUGGACUCACAUUGCUCUGCUGGUGGCACGAGCCUGCGACACAAGCACCUGAGGAUAUAGCAGCAGCUGCAAGGAUGAAUGACUUCCACAUUGGAUGGUUUAUGCAUCCAUUGGUACAUGGAGACUACCCCCCAGUGAUGAGGAAGAAUGUUGGGUCCAGGCUACCAUCUUUCACUGCUGAAGAGCUGAAGAGAGUGCUUGGGUCUUUUGACUUUGUAGGAUUUAACCACUACGGUGCCGCAUAUGUGAAGGCUGAUCUUAGCAAACUGGAUCAGAAGCUGAGAGAUUUCAUGGGUGAUGCAGCCGUGAAAUAUGACACCAUGCCAUUUUUGAACUCAAAGAACCAGCUCCUCUUUGGGUCGAAAAUGGGUCUGAUGUCAUCAACAGCGUGGUCUAUGAGGAAAAUGCUGGAGCAUCUGCAGGUCAAAUACAAGAACCCUGUGGUCAUGAUCCACGAGAAUGGAGCUGCCAGCAUUGCUGAUCCCUCCAGUGGGAACGCCCCCGACGACGAGUUCAGGUCGCAGUACCUGCAGGAUUACAUCGAGGCGACCCUCCAAUCCAGCAGGUACGGCUCGAAUGUGGAGGGCUAUUUCGUGUGGUCAUUCCUGGACGUGUUCGAGUACCUCUACGGCUACCGCAUGGGCUUUGGCCUCUACGGUGUGGACUUCAGCUCCAAGGAGAGGACGAGGUACCAGAAGCACUCCGCCAAGUGGUUCGCCGGUUUCCUCCAUGGUGGUGAGCUCAGGCCGGUGGCUCUGCCCGGCAAGGCCUAUUCCCAAUGAUCUUGACGCUUCUUCAGGCCUUCAUAGCCAGCAAAGAGAAGGAUGCACGAAUAAUCCUGGAUAGUUGCGUGUUAAUUUUGGAUGGAAGUUGAAUUUAGCUUGGCCAGUAGGUUUUACAGGUCUCUGCUUCUUUGGAUUCGAUUGUUCCUAAUCCUAUGUAUAUGUUUACGUCGAUGUAUAUGCUAAAAAUAUUAAUACAUUGCUACACAAAUUGUCGGGUUUAGUCAUUAGUCUGUGAGUAAAAUCACAUACCUGAAUUUAGACAGUA